UUAAGCCAUUUGCCUGGGUAAAAGAUCUUCAUACUCGUUAAAUUACAAGCAUAAUUUCUUCAGGCUUUUAGCCUAUGUUAAUCUUUCAUAAAAAUUAUUGGAGGAGGUAAGGGGACGGGGGGAUAAGAGAAACAUGGCGAAUGGGACCUAGCACUGCAAAACAAACUUAACAAUGUUAUUCAUUCAAGAAACUUUCUCAUUUGUCAGCAUAGGCAAUUAAUUAGGUACACCUCAGGACUUCAUCAUAUUGAUAAUCUCACAGAACAGUUAGUAUUCCUUUUAUCCUAUUAGUUUUUGUUGUGAGUACCAUCAGCUCAAAGCCAAUCUGUAUCACCGAGCAAAACUGUUGCCUACGAGCAAUAAUCCACCCAAUACAUUGAGAGACAAACUAUUUACUUGUUGCUAAGUGCUGGCAUCAAUCCUGAACCUUUUUCUUACCUCUACUAAUAAAUGCAUUUAAAAUAUCCAAAAGAAAAGAAAUGAUUAGAUCAGCUCAGGCUUAUCGUUUCAAACAGAAACUGCAAAAGAGAAACUGAAAAUUGUGACAAAAGAAAACAACAUUACCCCAUCGUAACCAACCCUUUGUGUUUUCCAAGGCAAGGAUAAAAAUCCAACAUUAGAAAUCACUAUAAAUACAUGCAUACCAUGGAGUCCAGUAUCCACUUCAACAGAAACAAAAGCACUCAGCAUUCAAAGCAUUUUAGCUUAACAGCAUAUUCCCAAAUCAAAAGAAAAACAAAAUGAAGGGAGCAGUGAUCAUACCCAGUUUGGUUGUUCUUGUUUUUAUGUUUCAAAGCUUCAUGACGCAUCCAACACAGGCUGCCAUUACCUGCGGCGAGGUCGAUCGGUCAUUGGUUCCUUGCAUCGUGUAUCUCCAAAACGGAGGUUCUCCAUCUGCUGCAUGUUGUGCUGGAGUGAGGAACAUAGAGGCAAUCACCCCGACCACGACCGACAGGCAAGUCGCAUGUGAAUGCCUUAAGCUGGCUGCACAAAACUACCCAAACUUUAAGGAAGACGCAGCAUCUACCCUCCCUGCCAAGUGUGGCGUGACGUUUAACAUUCCCAUCUCUAAGGCCACCAACUGCAAGAGCAUCCAGUAAGAGGGGCCAGGAAAGUGCAAGGUGGACGGGCGAUAAUGUUACAAUCUUCUCAUAAUAAUACCCAUUUUGUAGUCUUAUGCUUAUCAAUAAUUUGCCCAUGCUAUGUGAUGCGCAAAUGAACAAAACUUGGAGAUUAAAUUCAAUGAGUGUGACACUGGUGAAACUACAAAAUAUUAAAACAGUUAAAGUCAAAGAGAUUUGCCA